CGGCAGAUACUACAGCAGCUGAUGCUACAACUACAGUGGCUGACACAACUACAGCUGAUGCUACAACAACAGUUGCUGAUGCAACAACGGCUGAUGCUACAACAACAGUAGCUGACACAACUACAGUGGCUGACGCAACUACGGCAGAUACUACAGCAGCUGAUGCUACAACAACAGAGGCUGACACAUUUUCAGGUGAUGCUACAACAACAGUUGCUGAUGCAACAACGGCUGAUGUUACAACAACAGUAGCUGACACAACUACAGUGGCUGACGCAACUACGGCAGAUACUACAGCAGCUGAUGCUACAACUACAGUGGCUGACACAACUACAGCUGAUGCUACAACAACAGUUGCUGAUGCAAAAACGGCUGAUGUUACAACAACAGUAGCUGACACAACUACAGUGGCUGACGCAACUACGGCAGAUACUACAGCAGCUGAUGCUACAACUACAGUGGCUGACACAACUACAGCUGAUGCUACAACAACAGUUGCUGAUGCAACAACGGCUGAUGUUACAACAACAGUAGCUGGCACAACUACAGUGGCUGACGCAACUACGGCAGAUACUACAGCAGCUGAUGCUACAACUACAGUGGCUGACACAACAACAGCUGAUGCUACAACAACUUUUGCUGAUGCUACAACGGCUGAUGUUACAACAAAAGUAGCUGACACAACUACAGUGGCUGACGCAACUACGGCAGAUACUACAGCAGCUGAUGCUACAACUACAGUGGCUGACACAACUACAGCUGAUGCUACAACAACAGUUCCUGAUGCAACAACGGCUGAUGUUACAACAACAGUAGCUGACACAACUACAGUGGCUGACGCAACUACGGCAGAUACAACAGCAGCUGAUGCUACAACAACAGAGGCUGACACAUUUUCAGGUGAUGCUACAACAACAGUUGCUGAUGCAACAACGGCUGAUGUUACAACAACAGUAGCUGACACAACUACAGUGGCUGAUGCAACUACGGCAGAUACUACAGCAGCUGAUGCUACAACUACAGUGGCUAACACAACUACAGCUGAUGCUACAACAACAGUUGCUGCUGCAACAACGGCUGAUGUUACAACAACAGUAGCUGACACAACUACAGUGGCUGACGCAACUACGGCAGAUACUACAGCAGCUGAUGCUACAAGUACAGUGGCUGACACAACUACAGCUGAUGCUACAACAACAGUUGCUGAUGCAACAACGGCUGAUGUUACAACAACAGUAGCUGACACAACUACAGCAGCUGAUGCUACAACUACAGUGGCUGACACAACUGCAGCUGAUGCUACAACUACAGUGGCUGACGCAACUACGGCAGAUUUUACAGCAGCUGAUGCUACAAGUACAGUGGCUGACACAACUACAGCUGAUGCUACAACAACAGUUGCUGAUGCAACAACGGCUGAUGUUACAACAACAGUAGCUGACACAACUACAGUGGCUGACGCAACUACGGCAGAUACUACAGCAGCUGAUGCUACAACUACAGUGGCUGACACAACUGCAGCUGAUGCUACAACAACAGUUGCUGAUGCAACAACGGCUGAUGUUACAACAGCAGUUGCUGACACAACUAUAGUGGCUGACGCAACUACGGCAGAUACUACAGCAGCUGAUGCUACAAGUACAGUGGCUGACACAACUACAGCUGAUGCUACAACAACAGUUGCUGAUGCAACAACGGCUGAUGUUACAACAACAGUAGCUGACACAACUACAGUGGCUGACGCAACUACGGCAGAUACUACAGCAGCUGAUGCUACAACUACAGUGGCUGACACAACUGCAGCUGAUGCUACAACAACUGUUGCUGAUGCAACAACGGCUGAUGUUACAACAGCAGUUGCUGACACAACUACAGUGGCUGACGCAACUACGGCAGAUACUACAGCACCUGAUGCUACAAGUGCAGUGGCUGACACAACUACAGCUGAUGCUACAACAACAGUUGCUGAUGCAACAACGGCUGAUAUUAAAACAACAGUAGCUGACACAACUACAGUGGCUGACGCAACUACGGCAGAUACUACAGCAGUUGAUGCUACAACAACAGUUGCUGAUGCAACAACGGCUGAUGUUACAACAACAGUAGCUGACACAACUACAUUGGCUGACGCAACUACGGCAGAUACUAAAGCAGCUGAUGCUACAACUACAGUGGCUGACACAACUGCAGCUGAUGCUACAACAACAGUUGCUGAUGCAACAACGGCUGAUGUUACAACAGCAGUUGCUGACACAACUACAGUGGCUGACGCAACUACGGCAGAUUCUACAGCAGCUGAUGCUACAAGUACAGUGGCUGACACAACUACAGCUGAUGCUACAACAACAGUUGCUGAUGCAACAACGGCUGAUGUUACAACAACAGUAGCUGACACAACUACAGUGGCUGACGCAACUACGGCAGAUACUACAGCAGCUGAUGCUACAACUACA